AUGGAAAGAGUAAGAAAGGAACCAUUCAUCUUCUCUUGUCAAGAAAUUCCUCCAAGUCCAAGCACACCAAUACAAAAUCAACAUGAAAAAAAGAAACAACAAUCUAUUGAUCAUGAAGAAGAAGACAUGACAACAAUCACAAAGGUAGAUGUUUCAUUAUUUGAUUUAAAUGUAUCUACCAAUGAAGAUUUUGUUCUUGAUUGUAAUAAUAAUAAUAAUAAUAAUCAAGAACAAGGAACUGAACUCAAUCUCAUAACUUCUUUAGAUGUUGCUAAUGAUCCAUCAUUAGAAAGCAAUAAUAACCUUGUUGAGGUGGAACAAAGAGUUUUUUCUUGUAACUAUUGUCAUAGAAAAUUCUAUAGUUCACAAGCAUUAGGUGGACACCAAAAUGCUCACAAAAGAGAGAGAUCUAUAGCAAAGAGAGGACAAAGAUUUGGAACACAGAUUAUAGCUUCUUCUGCUUCUGCUUUUGGAUUUCCACUUAUGCAUAAUAAACAAACCUAUACAAACAUGGCUUCUUUGCCACUUUAUGGUGCUUUUGGAAUUCAAGCACACUCCAUGAUUCAAAAGCCUUCUCAUGUUUCAUCUAAUGGAUUUGGAAGCUCUUAUGGACAUCAUCAUCAUCAUCAUCAUGGUUGGUCAACAUCAUCAUCAGCAUUAUCAUCAUCAAGAGGAAGUGUUGGUAGAUUUGAAGUGGUGGAUACUAUGAAAAAUUCUGCAGCUAAUAAUGAAAUUAGUGGAUAUUUUGUUAGUGGUGGAACAAGUUUGAAGACACAUAUCAAUCAAGAAGAAAUUAAGAAGAAACACCUUGAUUUAUCCCUCAAGCUAUGA